CUAGCCUGGGACCCGGGGCGGGGGUCCACAGAGGAACCCUCCAAUCUCAGCGAUUUUCGAACUCCGAAAGGAUGCCGCCAUGAAGCCGGCACGUGCCCCACGCGUAGCGCGAUCGUGGCUCGUUUGCGUUGAUCAACGCUUCCUCUACGCUCGCCUAUACUGCCUUCUAUGUCCGAUGAAGAUGUCGCAAAUGACGGAUUAUGCUCGCCGGUGGGCCAGGCACUUGUACGACAGCUUAUUCGGCCUCGGCUACCCCACGACAUCCAUGAUUAUGUGCUUGAGGGCAUCUGCAAGGCUUUAGAUGGCACCCAUCUCAUUUCUGUUGUCAAGACUGGUGGCAAGACGACAUAUUUCUCUGGAUAUAUGAUAGCGCUACAGGAGCUCCAAAAACAAGCCGAAUCCAGCCCAGUGAAGCAUCGCAUGCGAUGUUUGACCUGCUUGAGUCGUUUCAGACAGGCGUUCAUCAUCGGAAAUAGCCAUGUCACUAUCCUGGCUGUUUUCACCAUCGUUGAGUUGUCCGGUAUUGUCCGUGGCGAGGGUGAAGAUGAGGCAGCACCAAUUUCGGUCAAUUGCAGCUAUGAGUCAUCAUACAUUAGUGAGCGGCUAUACCCCAGCGAGGGGGGUGUUUCGUGCGCUACCCUAAUCUACAGUGGCAUCAUUGGCAUUACUAUCGGCGUAGCGCACGAAACCUCCAAGGGGACUAAGUUACGGCUUAUUACCGACCCUCCCCCCAGCGAUGGGGUAACCCACCGGUAA